UGUACAAUGGCGACGUUAGUUUGUGUUCGCUUUUUCUGCUGCCGCCGUCGUUUCUGAGCGGUGGGUCGGCCCAAACGUUGGACCGUCCGUUGCGCGGAUACCACGAGUCUCUCUCGCGCACGCUCUCUCUCUUUCUCUCUCUCUCUCUCUCUCUCUCUCUCUCUCUCUCUCUCUCGCUCUCUCUCUCUCUCUUAAAUCUCGUCCCCGAGAGCUCAUCGCGGAGACAAGUAUCAACGGCCGCAUUUCGGAAACGAAAGCAGCGAACCGACGUGUCACGUCUCCGUUGACGUGACGCAGCAGCCGACGAGAAGUGAGCCAAGAAGAAAAGGAGAAAGAGAAAGAAGAAGAAGAAGAAGGCUCCGAGGACGAUCGUAGCGAUUAAGCUCGAUCGCGGUGUCACUCACGGACGUUCAAUCGUCUUAACCAACCUACCUACCCCACCGAUUCAGGAACGACGCAUGGCGACAAUUACGAAGGAAAAUAAAAACACGAAGGAUCAGCUCUUGUAGAGAGCGACCGACUGAUAACGCACGAAGAUCUCUCUCCGUCCAAGGACCCGGCAGCGACUGCGAAACGACACUGCACGGGUCAACAAAAGCACAAGUGAUAUUUGUAACUAAUAAUUAACGCGAUUAGAGCUUAGAGGAGCCGAGACCGUUCUUGCGAAACUCCGUAUUUGUAUAUACAAAUGUCGGAUACUCGAGCCGUAAUAUUCAGUGCUAAGUCCAAGUGACGCGAAGUGUGUUCAACGCAUCUCACUACGAUUCCGCGUGGACCAGGACACGAUACAGAACGGCAAAGUAACGGCUGCAUCGAGUGACACACCGAGUGUGUACGUGUGCGUGCGUGUGCGUGCGUAUCUGUGUGUGCGCGCAACAUGAGAGUGGCCAGGCAACAUCCAUUGCAUUUGCAAGUAUCGACCCGCACCAAUAAUGGCAAGUUCUUGGUCGGUACCAAUAAUAGUCAAGACGUUGUCCAUCAGCAGCCAUCACCGCAGCAACAGCAGCAUUCGACCAGCGACGAGAGCAGCGCGGUGGUUCCAGGCUGCGUCUUUCCGAGCUGCGAGUCGGUGCCCACCGACCUUCACGGGAGCCCAACUAUACUGGGGGAUCGAUUCCUGCUUCUUGGGCCGGCCGAAGGUAGCGCUCUUUAUCGAUGCGUCGAUGUGCACAACGACCAGCAACUUGUCGCCAAGGCGUUGACCGUGGGCGACAAAGGUUGCGAGGCGUUGCUGCAGGCCCACCUUCGUCUGGAAGGCACCGGCGCGGCGAGCGGUGUGGCUGGUGUAGUGGAGGCACCUGGAGGUCGGCGUUAUCUUCUCUUGGAGGGUCAUCACGGUGACCUGCACGCCUACGUAAGGGCACGCAGGAGAUUACGCGAGCCUGAAGCAAGGCGGCUCUUUCGACAGGCAGCCAGGGCUGUGGCCACGUGUCAUGAAUACGGGGUCGUGUUGAGGGACCUCAAGCUCCGGAAGUUUGUUUUCGCCGAUGAAGCGAGAACGCGGCUUCGUCUGGAGAGUCUCGAAGACGCGGUGAUCGUGGAGAAUGACGACGACAAGCUGACCGACCGGCGCGGCUGUCCAGCAUAUGUCGCGCCGGAAGUGCUGCGCUCCGGACGCGCCUAUUCCGGUAAGGCGGCGGAUAUCUGGUCGCUGGGCGUGUUGCUGUAUACGAUGCUGGUGGGCCGUUAUCCGUUCAACGACGCCGAGCACGCGUCCCUUUUUGCCAAGAUCUCGCGCGGCCUGUUCGCCGUGCCGGAGGGCCUGAGUCCACGCGCCAAGUGCCUGAUUCGCUCGCUGCUGCGAAAGGAGCCAUCCGAGCGGCCGUACGCCGAGGACGUAUCGCUGCACCCGUGGCUGUCGAAACCGUUGCGGUUACACACGUCUACGUCCGGCAGCAGGUCCUCGUGUCAGGAUCAAAUCGUACCAGAACUAUCUAUUAAUCCUCAACAAGACUGACUCUCUCUCUUUCGGGGGAAGAAUCAUUAUUCCGCGCGUGACGGCAUUACUCUGUCUCAUCCUAGUGCUUCUCUCGCGCCGACAGUCGGGUGGAAUCCUUCGGCCGAGAGGGGGGAGUUAGCGCAAUCAAAAGAAGAAAAAAGGCGAAACGAUUUUCUUUUAACACAUUGGCUGUGCCCGUAGAGCAGUAGCAGAUCGGCGAAAAGCGAAACUGUUCUUAUCUCUCAAAGAGCCCGAAAAAAAUACACGCGAAAGGUCGAAUGAAACCAACUAUUAUCAAAAAGAGCAAUAAAUUCAAUAAAAAAUUCUAAUUUCAAAAGAUUCGUAAAUUGAGAAAUAUAUGUAUACCUUGGCAAUCUCAAUGUGUUAACGGCAGCUGAUUUUACACGCUUCGUUCACAGAAGUUUGAGUCGCACAGUCUCCAACUUGGAUCAAAGAAUCGUAUCGAUCCUUGCAUCGUGGAGACAUGCGGCUAAAUACUAAGGGUAUCCUCCUCUUUUCGCCGGUCGAGGGACGGCCUAGAAUAAGCUUCGAAAAUAGAGCGUACUAACGUGAGAAGAGUAAUCAUUCUCGAUGAAACUUUUACAUAGAGGAGAGUAACCAAAGUCUCUAUCCUGAAUACAAUGCCCUGGAUUAUUUUCCUCGUUUAAAGCUGUAGCCUGCGAGUUGAAAGGUCGAAACGAUGUCGAAACCUUGAAUAAGAUGAUAUUAUGUCUCUCCAUUAUAUAAAAAUAAGCUCACUCUAGUCCAGAGACAACUCGCGGUUGAAGCGCCGAACAGAGAAAGUAAUUGAGGGGAUCCUCUGUAAAAUAGCGUCUCGAUUUUGGUCAUUCUCCGCUGGCAAUUUCGGAGGCAACGUGACGCAAGUGAUUAAUCUCUAAAAAAAGUCUAUCGGCUAUAUAGAAUCCUAGAUUCGAGAAACAUUGCCAUUACCGGUCCAAGAAAUAUUUUGCCUUGUUGCGUACAGAUAUAUUCGCGCGCGCGAACGCGCGAAUUCCUUGUGAUAGAAUCUGACAGAUUCUGAGCGAUAUAUGUGAUACGAAAUAUACAGGUUCUUUCAUAAGCGUUAUGCGGUUACUUGCGAUCAUCUGUCUCUGAAGUCCAUGUACAUUAAUUAAUGUAAACGAUCGAAUUUGAUGUUUGUAUUGUGCGUUAGACAUACCCGAAUAUAUCCUCGACUUUCUCGUAUUUCGCGUUGCGUAUUUACCCGGAUAAUUUUUCACGCUAUAUUGGCGAAUCUGUUAUACACACAAAUAAAGUUAUGUAAAUACAAGCGAGGGACGUGGAACUUAUCGUAAGUUCAAGUACAACCGGUGAGCUUUGUAUAGUAUAGUGUAUAGUAUAAAGCGAUGAAUAUAUAUGAAUGGGAUCAGAGAUUGAGUCGGAUGCAAAGUUAAAACGCAAUCAAAAGAGAAAAUAUAAUGAUUCAGCGUGAAAAAAUAAAUCGCUUCAUAACGACUAAACGUUUAUUAGAAGGUCGAAUAAAUUUAACAAACGAAUUUCUAAUUAUUAAAAUCCGACUCAUUCUUCCUGCAUGCCCGUUUACUUGUCAUUAUUAUAUCACGGAGUCAAUCAAAUAUACUAGGCGAACAUUGAAGGAAGGAAAAUUUCUCGUUUGAGUGCGAUAAAACUUCAUUCUCCGACCUAAAAACAUUGCCUAAAAAGUUCAAGACUGCUUGGACGUGUGGCCUAUACAAUUAACUUUAUUAGAGAAAACGCAAAAUACGUUGCAUCGUGAAUUUCUAACUUAAGAACAAUAAAAGAAUACGCUUCUGGAUUACUCAUACGACAGAGUAUCCAUGAAUAUAUUAAAUGUGUUCAUCAAUGGCAAUGUUUUCAGGUAGAAGUAAGUCUCUAGUGAAUCAAAGAUUUAUUCUCUUCUGACACAGACCUCUAAAUCAUCGCUUGCGUGACAUAUGUAUGUACGGCUCACUAGGUUUCGAUUUUAAAAGCAAACGAAGCGAAUGAUCGACACUUUUUAAGUUUGGGCAUAUGAGGCUGCGCGUCCUAUUUUGAGGACUUUUCUCUUGAAUAAGAUUCUUCGAUCGAUAUAAAACUAUGAAUAAUUCUCGACUACUUUCAGUAGACACUUAUGUCAUCGCAAGUCAAUUAUGAGAAUAAAAUUCCAAAGCAGACAUUGACAUUCUUAUUUGCAUCAAUGCCAGGUAGCGUGAUAUUUUCAUAAAGUUAUUUUCUUCUUCGUAUUAUGGUGGGUUUAAUAUUGUAAUUACUUUAAUAUCGAUGUUAAAUAAAGGAACACCGAUGCUGCAGUCGGUAGACGUGCCCAAAAUAAUACUCCUGAAAUGUUUUCCGGAGUCAAGACUAGGUUUAAAGCUAAGCAAUCGAGAUUAAAACCGCCAUCUUAUAUAGACGAGACUAAUUCGAAAUAGAAUUUUUUGAUCCUUUUUAAACGAUGAAAUAGUUGCGAAGGGAAACCAAUAUUUAUAAAUGUUGUCAAAUAAUUUUAGAAUCGAAAUUCGAUUCUGAUGAACCAAAAUUCAUUAGUUUAGAUAUAUAUAUAUUCCAGAAAAUUGCUUAUUUAAUUUGGGUGGAAAUUUCUAUGGGUGCUUUCCAAUUAUAAAAUCACUAAACAUUUCCAUGCAUACGACACAAAUUAUGCCGUAAUUGUCGACACAACAGCUCCAGUGUUAUCGGCUAUAUAAGCUUAUGUUUUCUCGUGACAGGGAUGCGUUCUAAAACUCUGUCAAUUCAAAUAUCAUUUUAUUCUUGUUAUUUACCGAAUAUUGAACAAGGAUAAAAAAUAUCCAGAGUUGAGUUUUUGGAACGCAUUCCAGGUUACUAUAAAUGAGAUUGAAGGAAGAACCUCUGCUUCUCAAAGAGAUUUUUGCUGGAUCGUAAGAUCAAAUUAAUGGUACUGCAAUCCAAAUAUAGGGUCGGAAAUCCAUACAGGGAAGGGACUGUUAGAAGCAGAAGAAGAAGAGAUUGGAGGACGUUGGGUGGCCAACAUUUUUGCUUUUCUUCAUUCAAUACAGAUGGAAAACUACAUUUAAUCCAACUAUCCGAAACUAUGCACAGCGUACAUAUUCUGUUCUAAUUGAAUCUUACACAAUGCUACAUUUCGUCCAUUUCUGUUUACGUUGAUUAAUUGGAAAGCAUCCUAUAAUAAAUGACUGUGAAAUGCCGCUUGUUUCGUGAAAUCGGGAUUUCGGGGAACAUUGUACUAGACAUGAGAAUCGGAAUUGUUGAAGUACAGCCUCAUGUGAAACUCGACUCGACUCCGCGUCGGAUAACGAGGAACAUCUCGUAGCUUGUCAAAAACUUUGGGAUCGAAAUUGAAGAAAGAAAAGCUCCAGAUACGAUGAGUUUGUCGAUCGAAACUGCGAUUCGAUCCUCAUUCCCUCACGUUCGACGAAAGUACCAUGUGUUCUUGUAUUUAAAGAUACCCGUCUACCUAUCUAUCUACAUGAACUUUUUUGUAACUUCCGCGAGAGUGAAGAGAGAAAGAAAGAAAGAGAGAGAGAGAGAGAGAGAGAGAGAGAGACUCCUCUUUUCCUUUUUAUUUUAUAAUAUUCCCGCAAACGGGGCACGGUAACCCAGAUGCGGUAUUAUUCCUCCUCGUAUCGUUCUCAGUCAGGGUAUAAAACGCCGCGCGCAUUCAUCGACGUUUAAUUUGUACAUAAGUUCGACGCGAUUAAAUCCUAUUGUAUUCAAUCAUUGUCUAGGUGCGUUUAAGGGACUUUUGUUUCUGUAUAUAGAUAAAAUAAAAUGGCGUUU